UGGGAAAUUUUACUAUUAAUAAUAUUAACCACACUUGGGAAAUUUUACUAUUAAUACUAUUAACCACACUUGGGAAAUUAUACUAGUAAUACUAUUAACCACACUUGGGAAAUUAUACUAAUAAUACUAUUAACCACACUCGGGAAAUUAUACUAUUAAUACUAUUAACCACACUUGGGAAAUUUUACUAUUAAUACUAUUAACCACACUUGGGAAAUUAUACUAGUAAUACUAUUAACCACACUUGGGAAAUUUUACUAGUAAUACUAUUAACCACACUCGGGAAAUUAUACUAUUAAUACUAUUAACCACACUUGGGAAAUUAUACUAGCAAUACUAUUAACCUUUACGUUUGAUUGCAUGCUUUGGUAAAUUAAUGUCCAAAAAAAUAUAUCAAAAUGGCCAAUAGUCAACACGAUGGAGUUUCCUGCAGGGUGUCAGAGCAUUGUAAAUGUUGCAUUCAAUCCACAAGUUGGCCAAUAACAUUGUUUUGAUCUUAGGAUCUCAGAAAUUUAAUAUGUGUAAUCGUUUAUUUUUUACAUAUCAUGAAAUGUUUCGAGGGGAUUAUCUCUUUGUCUUUCCCUACUUCCAUGGUUUAGUUUUCUUUACAUUUUUUAUGGUGCAUUUCUAAUUCCAAGAUAUCCAUGGUGUAGUAAUGGCACUUUAUUUGCACAGCAUUCUUGUUAUUGUGCAUUUAUAAUAAUUCCAAGAUAUUCAUAAUGUAGUAAUACCACUGUUUUUGAACAUUAUUCUUGUUAUUGUGCAUUUCUAAUAAUAUAGUAAUGGCAGUCAAUUUGCACAACAUUCUUGUUAUUGUGCAUUUCUUAUAAUUCCAAGAUAUUCAUAGACAGUAUAGUCAUAACAGUCAGUUUGCACAACAUUUUUGUUAUUGUGCAUUAACAGUGGUAUUACUACCUAGAAAAGGCAAAAAAUAAAGGAGUUCGAACGGGACAAUCAGCGUGGACUUCGUCGAAGCCUCGCCUCAGAGAAAAAAUCUACUUAAGUCAAAUAAAUGCAGUAUUUGUGCAAGGGACACGUCCAUUUACAACUUUUGCUGUUCAAUAACGGGAAAGGGACAUUCAUUUGUGCCAAACGUUGUAUCGUUAACGUGCAUUGUACGUUCAUCAACAUCGCACGAAUCAUCCUUAGCGUGAAUCGACUUUCAAUAACAAUUUUCCUUGUUUAUGUUAAUAGCACUAAUGAAUUUUCUAUUUCGUAUAACUGAUUGUCAUUAAACGCUACUGAUUGUCCAAACGUGCAAUUGAAUUUUAAUUGGGCGCAAAAGAAUGUUCGUUCCACUCGAAUUGAAUGUCUAAGUGCGUUAUUGUUUCUCCGUUGAUGCUAAUGAAUGUUCACGAAUAUUCAAUUAUUAUUGAAAGUCGAGUCACGCUAAAUGAUGUUUCGUGCGAUGUUGAUGAACGUACAUUACACGCUAUCGAUGUAACUUUUGGCGCAAAUAAAUGUCCCUUUCCAGUUAAUGAACAGCAAAAGGUGUAGUUAUGCUAAAAAAUGAAGCGAAUCGCUGGUGCUAAAUUUGUCUUAUCCGCUGUUAAGGGGAUGUACCUAAAGAUGGUACACAUGAAUGCGUCUGCCGAUCUACAUCUUUAUUGUUCAAGUAAUAAUUAGAUAAGUUAUUGGUCCGUGAAGAUAUUUUCAACAUUACUGUGACUAGCUUGAAAUGCCCGAGUGGCCGCGUGAAAUUCCGUACGCUUCUCAUUCUAGAACUGAACAUGGACGUGUCGCCACGGAACCACCUUUGUCUGAUUUGUUUGGGAUUUUUGGUGCUUUUCCCUUCGUUUUAUUACCUUACAGCAACUCAGGACAUCCUCGCAGGCACCACAAUCCACACUUCUUCUGUAUUAGUCGCUGAAGCGAUUCCGGGUAUUCUGACGAGCCUUUUUGGCAACUGGAUCAUUAGCCGCUUGUCCUUAGUUACCUCCCUAGGUAUCGGGAUUGUGAGCUACGUAGCAUCUAUUUUGAUGCUUGUUCUUGGAAAUGCUGCGUAUGUUAGGCUGGUUGCUGUAGGUUUCGUUAAUUUUUCAAUGUGUUGGAUGAAUGUGUGGUGUAUGGGGCUCACUGCGCAUCUACGGGACGAUGGUAGACUUAUCAGCGGCUUAGAAACGGGAAAGAAUUUAUCGGGAAGCAUAAGCGGCCUUAUAUACACAGCGUUAACUUUGUGGCUGUGCUUGUCUCCUCGAUUGGCAAUGUCGACAAGUAUUGCAUCUCCGAUUCUUAUUGUUCUGACAUACGCCGCAUUAGACAAGACAGCAAUCAAGCAAAACAUAGAACGCAGCGGUUACACAAAGCUUUCAGCAAGUGGACAAGGUAUUGAUGAGUGCCCAGAACUAGCAAGCGGACAAGACAAAGCCGGACAAGACAGGUUGUCUGCUAUUAAUUCUGAUGAUAAUGCUGGAGAAGAAGGCACCGAAGAAUCCCUACUUACGAUUUGCUGGAAGAUUUUCCCCCAAUUUAUAUAUUGCUUUUGGGCGGCUAUCAGCGUUUGGCUUUCAAGUCAUGCCAUACUGACCACAAUAGUUUACCCAACGUCAAACAUAGCUCCUAGAGACACUUUUCAAUUUUACUCACUAGCAAUGAACAUAAGUCGAUGUAUAGGGGGGAUUUUAUAUUCCGCGUACUCCCACAUGUACCCUGAUCGUGUUCGGGCGUUUCGACACAUCUGGCUCCUCUCUGCACUAUGUCUUGCUCACAUGGUGUUUGCCGUUUUCGCGUCCUGGUACCGGUUCUUACCGGGUCUUUCCGUGACUAUCAUGUUCUGUGCUUCGUUUGGAUUUACCGAGGGCUGGUUGUGGGUGUUCGUGUUCAUGGGGAUUAAAGACAUGUUUGGCAAUGUCCGCGACGCUGGGUACGGCUUGAGUAUCGCUCAGUCCGGGAGGCAGGUUGCGUACCUCAUCGCUGGUAUGCUAGGUGUACGACUGGAGGCGGUUCUCCUUAGACAUUGUAGAGAUGAAUUAUUCCUUGGGGAAUACUGUUUGUCUCGAUCGAAUGCUGUGCGUGGAUGGGAAGAAUAUUACUGUUAAAAAGCUCCGCAUUAAACAGUUUUUAAACGGUCCAGCUUUCAAUGCCAUAUAAAGAAAAAAACUAACGCUAUCUGCAACCUAUGGCGCACUGGACGAACAAGUCCCAAAUAUCUAAUUAAAAUGGUGACAAGUAUGACUAGGUCAUCAUUGUACUUAGCGAGUAAAAGCUGUAAGACAAAUUAUAUCAAUGUUUUAGGUAUUUUUAGUGUACUGAUACGGGUGGCCCAGUGUGUUAGCGCGUCAGCGUAUGGGGCCUCUCACCUCUGAUGAAACGGGUUCGAUUCCCGGUCGAGACAUGGACAGUAUCUUUCUGUUUCUCGGCCCUGAAUUAUAAUUGUUGAACGUAUGUGAGCUUACUAGAAGCUUUUGUUUCACAGUUCCAAGAUGGGAAAUUCUUAAUACAUACGUUAUAGGCCAUAUAAAGAUACAUAUUUCAAAAUUGGAAAA